CUGCUUCUUAAUGUUAAUAGGCGAGUAGGAACUAGCAAGUUAUAUAUAAUUAACCUUACUUCUGCUUAUCUACAAACUAAAGCUAGAUUCCGUAGGAACCUAGUACUCCGCUUAGCUCCUACUAGUGUUGCUGCUUAUACUAUUAAUAGCUAG